GUCGCAACCACCGGCCGAAGUACACGACUCCCUCAAUCCCUAUUCCUUCCCGAACCAACGUCUAAGUACCAAAGUGUGAAGUCGCGUGAACGCUCACAGUAAUUACACCGAACAAUGGAGUAACGUCACUCUAAUAAUAGAUGAGGGUAUAGUGAUGUGAUGACGCAGGCGCGCGAGCCGCUCGGAAUCAUGGACGGGAACCCUCCCAACUGCGACUUCUCCACCAAGACCAAGCGAGGGGUCUACAUUUCCAAGAGUCUCGCCUUCGUCGUCCUCGUCAUAUUCGCAUUGGCGCUGGUGGCAGCCUCCUUCAUAGUGUACAACUUUGCUGCCUGCCCACAGACUGACCAAUUAGCAAACGUAACAAAAUACGAACUCACUCACUGUGACCAAUCAAAACUACUAGUGAUACCUUUAAGUACUGAACAUAGUAAAAGUGUUAUACCAAUAGAAACGACACCGAACUCUAUAGUUGAGCAGGAAUUUGUGACAGAUGUCCGUUUACCGACGAACAUUAAACCGUUAAAGUACUAUCUAAGGCUAACGCCGUAUAUAUAUGAGAGUAAUUUUACUUUUGAUGGGGAGAUUAGUGUGGUAAUUAUUGUUAAGAAUGAUACGAAGCAAGUGACUUUUCAUGGCGUCGAUUUGACGUUUCUCACUAUUAACUUAUACGCUAAUGACGGGAGACCCGUGAAGAUUAUCCAAAGAACAGAAGACGUUCCACGACAGUUCCAUAUCCUAAUAUUGGGCGAGACGUUAAAAGCCAAUCAGCAGUAUGUGUUGAACGUAACAUACACUGGAAUUUUGAAUGACAACCUACACGGAUUUUAUAGAAGCUCUUAUGAAGAAAAGGGUGUUAAAAGAUGGAUAGCCGUGACACAAUUUCAAGCUACUGAUGCUCGCCGUGCAUUCCCUUGCUGGGAUGAGCCAGCCCUGAAGGCUAAGUUUACCAUCAGUAUUGCACGUCCCGACAAUAUGACAUCUGUUUCAAACAUGAACCUCGUUUCCAAAGAACAACAUAAAAACUUAAAAAAUUACACAUGGGACCACUAUGCAGAAUCAUUGCCUAUGUCAACUUACCUGGUAGCUUUUGCUGUUACUAAUUUUGGCAGUAUGAGUGAUAAGAACUUUGCAGUAUGGGCAAGGAAAGAGGCAUUGCCGUCGGCUGCGUACGCCUUAGAAAUUGGUCCCAAAAUACUGAGUUUUCUCGAAGAAUAUUAUAAAAUCAAAUUUCCGCUUCCGAAGAUUGAUAUGAUCGCACUACCGGACUUUAAAGCUGGAGCUAUGGAGAACUGGGGACUGCUCACUUUUAGAGAAAUAGCAAUGCUGUAUGAUGCAGGAGUAUCACCAAGUACAGCUAAGGCCCGUGUUGCAUCUGUGGUGGCUCAUGAGAUUGCACACCAGUGGUUCGGCAACUUGGUCACGCCUGCGUGGUGGUCUGAUAUCUGGCUCAACGAAGGGUUCGCUUCCUAUGUGGAAUACGUUGCUGUUGAUGCUGUUGAAAAGUCUUGGAAGCUUAUGGAAAUAUUUGUGCUAAAUGAAGUUCAGAGCGUGUUCAAGCUUGAUGCUCUGACGUCAUCUCAUCAAAUCUCGGUAGAAGUCGGAAAUCCUGAGGAAAUAGGUGCCAUCUUCGACAAGAUUUCUUAUGGAAAAGGUUCAGCGAUCCUGCGUAUGAUGAACCACUUUCUGACUGAUGAUGUGUUCAACGCUGGUAUCACCGACUACCUGAAUGCUAGAAAAUUCGGAGAUGCAGAACAAAGAGACUUAUGGAGUGCCCUCACGAAUGCUGCGAGGAAAAUGGGAGAAUUUGAAGCCGAUGUCGCUGUUGUUAUGGACUCUUGGACACUGCAAACUGGAUUCCCUAUACUAACGAUCACGAGGAAUUAUGAUACCGGUAUAUUUUCAUUCAGACAGGAACGGUUCGUCCUAAUCAAUAGUACUAUUGAAACCGAAAAAUCUCCUGUUUGGUGGAUUCCUGUUUCCUACACCACAGCUUCGGAAAAAGAUUUUGAAUCUACAAGACCUAAACUUUGGUUAAGAGGAGAGAAGUCAAUAGUAGUGAAAAACAUUUCUGCCGGUCCUAAUGAUUGGUUCAUUGCAAAUAUACAACAGACAGGCUUUUAUCGUAUAAACUACGAUAGUCGAAACUGGCAAAUGAUUGUCAAAAUUUUGAACGAUCCUAAACGGUUUCAAGAGAUCCAUCCAAUAAACAGAGCCCAAAUAGUGGACGAUGCUAUGAACUUGGCUCUAUCUGGACGUUUGGACUAUCGACUUGCGUUGGACAUCACAAGUUAUUUGAAACAUGAGAGAAGUUACGUCCCUUGGAAAGCAGGACUGGUGGCUUUAGGUUACAUUGAUACUAUGCUUUCAAAAGGUGCUUACUAUUUGGAGUAUAAGCAUUACGUCUUGGGUCUUCUGGAUGGUGCUGUGCAGGAUUUAGGCUGGCAAGUGUCUGAGAACGAGAGCGUGGUUCGUGCUCAGCACAGGGUGGAUCUGCUGUCUACUGCUUGUCACCUGGAACAUGCAGACUGCUUAGAACAAGCGGUCAGGAUGUAUACCAACUGGAUGCUUACUCCGAAUCCUGAUGCUUAUAACGAGAUCCAUGCAGACAUUCGCAGUACUGUCUAUUGCGUUGGUGUUCACGCCGGAGGAGCGAGAGAGUGGAACUUCGCUUGGGAACGAUUCAAAGUGGCUAGUUCUCCAUCAGAAAGAGAACUCUUACUAUCCGUGCUUGGUUGCACCAGAGCACCGUACCUGUUAUAUAGAUAUUUGGAGCUCUCUCUGCGCAAUGACACGGGCAUCCGCAAGCAAGAUACUGUGAGAGUUUUCUCAGCGGUUGCAGGUUCCGCUAUCGGUCAGCCUAUAGCAUUCAACUUUGUGCGAGGAAAUUGGCAACGACUAAAGGAAUAUGUGGGGUCAGUGUCUACUCUCAAUUCGAUUGUGAAGGUGGUCACGAGACGACUGAACCAGCCGCAUGAAUUCGAAGAGCUGAAGAGGUUCAUCCAGGAGUCAUGUACAGAACUAGGCCGGCCAGUGCAGCAAGUUUUGGAGCGUACAGCUGCCAAUGUCCAGUGGAUGCAGAGCAAUUAUCAAACCAUCGUAGAUUGGCUCUUAACUGCGCCAAAACCUGAACUUACUAACGCGUGAUCAAUACGUCGGCCUUAGAAACUCAAUCUAUCUUUAUGAAGUGUUCAUACAGUCUUGAAGUUUCAUUUUUAAUUUAGAACGGUGCAGUAUUUUUAGAGUAAGGUUAAGUUAUUUUGAACGUAGGAGUAGAGAAGAACCAGUACAAAAAAUAACAAAUGUUUUUGUAUUUUUAUUAUUAUAAUCAGUGGAGCUGAUUCCAGUACAUACCAUCUACUUAAUUUUAUUUUAAGGUAUAUCUGUCAUUUUCUUAUCCACCGAAAAGGAAAGAGACGCCCGUCGACAUUGCCCAAUCGACAGUCAUAAAAUUUAUGGAACACACGUCAAUAUUAAGCAGAAAUUUACAAAUCCCUCCCAAAUUUUAUAUUGUCCAAUAACUCGACAGAAUCAAGUUGACAGCACAUAUCAAACAGGUUGAAUAUCAGAGGGAUGCCUAUUUUAUGCGCUCGGGUUAUUAAUUAAUUGAAUCAUCCAUUUUAAAAUUACAGUUGUCAAUCGUAUAUCCCUUUCCUUUUCGGCGCAUAAGAAAAGGACGGGUAAAACUUAAAAUAAAUUUAGGAGGUGUCUGCAGGAAUCGGGGCUAAUGUUUCCUAUUUAAGUUUUUAAUAAGGUACAACAUUUCAAUUAAAUUAGUAAUCGUUUAUUAUCGUUUACGAUUAAGACUAGUUUACAAUGGUCAAAGAUUUUUAUUAUAAGAUGAGGGGUACAUGAUAAACACUAAUUAAUGUAGGUUUUCUCCCUAAAAGAUAUAAGUAAUUCCUUCUCUUUGAUAAUGUAUACUCAGCACAAUUAAAAGAAUUUGCCUAGUCACCUGAUAAUAACUUAUUUAAAAGUAACGAUUACAAUACAAUUAAUAAUCGAAAAUUUUCCAUUGGCUGAUAUUUCCUUGAAUAUCUAGUUGGAAAAAACCAAAGAAUUGUGUUGUGUUGUAUAUAAAAUAAAAAUAAUACUAAUUGUAAAACGGACCAAGUCAGAAAGUCCGGCUGUGUAAAACAUGCUUAUAAAUAUUACAUUAAAUAAAGGCUCCGUAAAUAAUGAAAUGUGCAUUAAAUUUAAAAAUAAUGAAAAUGAAGGAGGGAUGAAGAAAUAGGAUAAACGUUUUAUAAGCAAAUAAAUGAUUUUGAAUUUAAAACAAUGUCUAUUUUCAAAUAAAUUCAUGCACUUCAAGAAAUCAUUUAAAUCUCAGACAGGUACUUUAGUAACAACUGUUACCUAAGUAAGGUUAUUUACCAUUAAGUACAUCUAUUUAUUAUAAAGUAUUCAAGUUCAUUUUUUAUACGAUAUGAACAUUUUAGAUAAUUGAAAAUAAAAAUAAAGUAGUUCAAUAGUUAUAUUUUAUAUACUUAUUGAAUACUAGAUAGUAUGAAUUAUAUAAUAUUCUUAGAUGCCGUAGUAGGUAUUUAUUAUAAAUAAUUUAAAUGUUACUAAAACUGGGAAGUGUUUCAUGUUUAUCAUAUAUUAAGGUAUUUUCUUAGCGGUUUUGUAGUAAAAUAAUAGGACCACCUUUAAUAACUGUUCAAUUGUGAAUAAUAAUAAUCUUAUUCAGUUUGUUUUUGUCCAUAUACCAAUGUAAGACGAUUUUUUUCAUACCUUUCGUAUCUUUGUACAAUUGGAAAUAAAUUAACAUGCUUUAUUAGUUUCUAUUUAGUCCUAAGACUGCAUAAUAUUUUAUAAUUAUUGCACAAUACUACUUGUCUUUUUAUUUAAAAAUAACUUACCUAAUAUCAUGGUCUAACGUUAAAAAUGUA